AUGGCAAUGAGACCGUCCCUAAUGACAAGAGGCUUGAACUCUGCCCCUGGGCCCAGCGACACCGGCUCACCUGCAGAGCAACGGGAUGAUGCGAAGAAGAAUAUGCUAAAGGCUAUGCGCCCUUUACCAACCCAACAUUACUGGAAUGUAUAUUUUGACAGACAGCAGAAAGACCAGCAGAAAUCCACAGAUGGGAGCUACCAGGCAACUCUUGAACAGAUUGGUUCCCAAAUCGAGUCUGUUCAAGACUUUUGGCGUUACAACAAUAACACCCCGGUCGAUCAAAUCAAGAUGCGAGAGUCGAUUUAUUUGUUCAAGCAGGGCUUUCAGCCUAUAUGGGAAGAUAGGAGGAAUAUAAAUGGCGGAAGUUGGACAUUUCGUGUGCCAAAAGCAAACGGACCGGACUUUUGGACGAGAGUCCAGCUCAUGGCUAUCGGAGAGAAACUACAGGGCUGUUUGGAUCUUGGAGACCAGCUUUGUGGGGUUGGACUGUCGGUCCGAUUCAACUCUCAUCUCAUAUCGGUUUGGCACCGGGAUUCUUCGAAACAGAAGUCGAUCGAUGCUAUACUCGCGACAGUGUUGGAGGAACUUCCAGCUGAGCUGAAGCCUAAACCUGAUAACUACUUCUAUAAAAAGCACUCCGAUCAUGCGGGUUUCAAGGCACCUGCUGACGCUACGACCACCGCUUCUGUCCCAACAAUUGAAGCACCCACCGAAUGA